AUGGAUGCCACAGAUGUCCUUUUAAAAAUAGCCCCAGUGUGCAUUUCAGGACCGGCGGGAGUGGCUCGCACUUUCGCCUUACUCGACGACGGAUCGACGGUGAGCCUCAUCGACGACGAACUCGCUCGAGAUAUCGGCGCGGAAGGACCGGACGAACCACUCCACAUAGCAACGUACGACGGGGAGAGGAAGACACGCAACAAUUCUCGGCGCGUCAAGUUUAAUAUUGAAGGAAGCCGGGGACGACUUCGCAUCGAAGCACGCACCGUCGACAAUCUCCAGUUGGCGGCGCAGCGCAUCCCGGACGAGGCGAUACGGGAUUGCGGACACCUGAAGGGCCUACUGUCCGCUAAACGAGCGGAAGAGGCGAAACCCCGAAUCCUCAUAGGCCAGGAUAACUGGCAUCUCCUCCUCGCCACGAAAACACGAAGGUAUGAGAAAGAGCAAAUGGAGGCCCUAGUCAAGAAGGGCUACGCGGAAAUAGCGCCACGCGCGUCCCACACUACAAGGACGUGGUACUUGCCGCAUUUCGCAGUCGUAAACGCUCUAAAGCCCGACAAAUUGCGAGUUGUACACGACGCAGCAGCCAAAACAAAAGCCUCUUCCCGCAGUGUUAUUAAGAUUCCGGGAACAUCCGUCGCUGUAACAGCGGACAUCACGGAGAUGUUCAUGCAGGUGGGACUACGCGAGGAAGAUCGCGACGCACUGCGCUACCUCUGGCGGGGAAACCGCCGAGAUAGCCGGCCGCCAGAGGUGUACCGAAUGAAGGCUGUCGAGGCGAUCAAGAAGAAACACUACAUGGACGACUACCUCGACAGCUAUGAAGAUGAACACAGGGCGAUAACAAUCGCUACUCAGGUGCGUAACAUACACAGAGAAGCUCACUUUGAAUUAAGGAAGUGGACGAGUAACUCGCCCGCGGUGUUGAAGGCGCUCGGCGAAUCGCCCAAUGCAACCGAAGCGGUGGAAAUAGAAAGGACUGAACGAGUCCUAGGCCUUAUUUGGAGGCCGCAAGAAGACAGGUUGGCGUUCAACCUAGACUUGGCCCGAGGUGUGGCGACGCGGCACCGAUGGGACGACCCGAUCGACGACGAACUGUCCGCCGCCUGGGUGAACUGGCUCACCCAUUUGAAGCAACUCAGCGGCGUAACAGUGCCGCGCUGCUAUCCCGGCUACUCCCGAGCGAGAAAACUCCAACUCCACGUGUUCACCGACGCCAGCGAGUCAGCCUACGCGACCGCGCUCUACUGGCGCGCCGAGGACGACGACGGACGAGUCACAGUCACGUUACUGGCGGCCAAGGCAAAGGCAGCUGUACUCGGCGCACGGAUGGCUGCGAGUGUGACACAGGAGCACUCCAGGCAGCCAGAAUCCACGACCUACUGGACCGACAGCAAGACAACACUGUGCUGGAUCAGAACGGGAGCCAGGUCGUACAAGCCCUACGUAGCGCAUCGAAUCGCCGCGAUAGAAGAACACACACAGGCGAAUCAAUGGAGAUGGGUGCCUACACGCUACAACGUUGCCGACGACGCUACGCGCGACGUUCCCGACAACUUCACGCGGGAACACAGGUGGUUCAACGGACCAGAGUUCCUCCGCGACCCGCCCGAACUAUGGCCUGCGGAGGAAACACAGCUGAGCACCGACACGGGUGAGGAAAGAGUGAACACUAUUACAGAGCGUCGGGAGAAACAGUACAAGGAAGUCCUGCCCGACGUGAAUCGAUUCUCAAAUUGGAAUCGCUACGUUAGAGCUGCCGCCCGCGUACUACAAGCAGUACAACACUUCAAACGACGCGUCAACACGGUCCAUUACAAGAGGACCAAGGCGGCCGCAAGCGAGAAUCCGGAUUGGAGGCGCAACGAAGCCGCGAAAAUGCGGCGAAACGAGUCGUACAAGCACCGGAGGAGCGAUUUCAGAAUUUCAGCCGCCACGGGAGUAAGCGCCGCAACAAAGAACCCUCCGAUCGUCGAUGGCGAACAUCGGGCAACGAAACUGUGGGUGGAACAUGUCCACACACAACUCCACCAUGCAGGCGUGGAGAGCGUCGUCAAUUACUGUCGCGCAGCACAAAUGGGUCAUUCGACUGCGCCCGACGGUCAAGGCGGUGGUCAGGAGCUGCUUCAAGUGCCGCCAGAGGGCGGCCACUCCACCGCAACCGAUAACGGGAGACUUGCCUCCCUGCCGACUGGCGCAUCAUCACCGGCCGUUUACAUACACCGUGCGGGCGGUGCAUCUCGAAGUGGUGCACUCCCUGAGUACACAAGGAGCGAUCAUGGCUCUGCGGCGCAUGACAGCACGCCGCGGGAGCCCGCCGAGAUCUGGUCCGACAACGGGACAAACUUCCACGGCGCAGAAAGGAACUGCGCAACACCCUCCUCGCUGGCGCCGAACAAGAGGCGUCGCGGAGGGCGAUAG